AUGCGACCAUCUGUUCUGCGCCGGAUGUCCAAGCACAUCACCUUUGCUGAUCUGGGAAGCGCGGCCCUGUGCCCGAACUGCCGUGCCAACAUCCGGACCUUGGUGGGCGACAAGACUGUGUCGCAGGAUGCCUUCUCGGUUCGCUACAAGAGCAUCCACAUCCGUGGCCUCCGUUUGGGGCCUGACGAGGAUCUCCAUAGCGCCGUGGGCCGGCUCUUUGGUCUCGACCUUUCCCGGCCCCGGCUGCGUCUGAUCUGUGCCGGUGCGGUGGUGCCUCGGGGCACCGCGCUGUCAGAGCUGCCAGGGCAGCCACCUCUGCUGAUGGUGGUCUUCCCCAAGGAGGAUGUCGACCGUGGCGUCUUCGAGCGCAUGGGUGAAUGGUUUUCCUCGUGGUGGGAUGGCGGCUAG